AUGGACACCCGGGUGCCGCCUGUUCCCAUGGACCCCGCGACGGCCGCCAAGCUCCGGCGCCGACGCCAGGACCCUGAAGACCUAGAAGGACUUGUCGCCCGCGUGCUCUCCCGCGCCCACUACGUCCUCCCGGACCCGCCCGCCGCCGUCGACGCUCGCCUCUCCGCCCUCCUCCCCCACGACGCCGUCGACCGCCUCAGCCGCCUCCCCGACGUCCUCCUCGCCAACAUCGUCUCCCGCAUCCCCAUCAAGGAGGCCGCGCGCACCGCCGCGCUAUCCCGCCACUGGCGCGGGGUCUGGCGCUCCGCCCCGCUCGUCCUCGUCGACUCCCAGAUCCUCCCCCAAGGCACCGAGGUCACGCGCGCCGACGCGAGGCGCAUCACCUCCGCCGUCUCCGGCGUCUUCGCCGCGCACCCGGGCCCCUUCCGCUGCGUCCACCUCACCAGCAGCUGCAUGGAAGACUUCCAUGGCCUGCUCACCACCUGGCUCCAGAUACUCGCCGUCAAGGGCAUCCAGGAGCUCGUCCUCGUCAACCGCCCGUGGCCGCUCGACCUCAUUCUCCCCGCCACCUUCCUCGGCAUGACCACCCUCACCCGCCUCUACCUCGGCUUCUGGAAGUUCCCCGACACGGCCGGCGUCCCGCGCACCACCUGCUUCCCCAACCUCCGUGAGCUCGGCCUCUGCACCCUCCUCAUGGAGAGCAAGGAUUUGGACUUCAUGCUCGACAGGAGCCCCGUGCUUGAGACGCUCUGUAUCCAAGGCAAUCUCUCUAACCUUCGCCUUCGCCUUGUCAGCCAAAGCAUCCGCUGCGUGCAGUUCAUCAACUCCUCCUGUCAAGAAAUCGCGGUGGUGCACGCCCCAUGCCUUGAGCGACUCAUCCAGUCAGGAGGCUGGACCCGCGAUGGGGUCUGCACCAAGACCAAGGUGAAGAUCGGCCAUGCCCCCAAGCUGCACUUAUUCGGAUACUUGGUUGCAGGAAAUCAUGUCCUAGAGGUUGACAACGCCGUCAUCAAGGCUGAGACAAAGGCGAGCCCAAGCACCAUGGUACCAAGUGUGAGGAUGCUGGCUUUGGAGUUUGGUUGUGGAGUCCCCAAUGAUGUCAAGAUGAUCCCGGCUAUCCUCAGAUGCUUUCCCAAUGUUGAGACGCUCCACAUCAUGUCCCGAGGAAAGGAUCAAUCCUCUGGCAAGCUCAACCUCAAGUUCUGGAAUGAGUGUGGUACCAUAGAAUGCAUCCGCUCGCGCAUCAAGAUGCUGGUUUUGGAUGGUUACCGAGGGGAUCGAAGUGAGCUUGCUUUCCUCAAGUUUUUCCUUGGGAGCGCGUUGGUGCUGAAAAAGGUGGCAAUAGUGUGGGCCAAUAAUGUUUUCUCUUCGAUGGAGGAGCUGAAUUCCAAAAUGGAGCCUCUGCGGUCCAUGAAAAAGGCUAGUGCAGACUGCAAAACAUUGGUCACUGGCCGUAAAAAUCCUGACGGAGGUAACAUUUCCAGCUUCAAGAGGGCAUCUGAUUUUUCUCUUGGCGACCCUUUCUCCAACUUCUGAAGUCAAGGGUGCCUAUAUAUUUCAUGUGCG